AUGCUUGAGGAAUGCACCCCGCCGAGCCCUGCAGUGCUGACUUCGGAACAUCGCAAGUUUCUAUUUCAACGACAUGGCACGUUGGACUUGGAGCCGGUGCCCGACCCGAGUGAGGCAGAUCCAUACAAUUGGCCAAGAUGGAAGAAAACCCUCAACCUCUCUCUAGUCGCUUUUCACGCCAUGAUGGCUACGUUCACUGCUGCCUCCAUUCAGUGCUCAUUUGACGUCAUCGCAGAGGACCUUGGAGUUAGCAUACAACGGAGCAGUUACUUAGCGUCCCUGUUCAUCGCAAUCAUCGGAUGUGCUCCCGUAUUUUGGUGUCCAUUAUCAAAUCGCUACGGCCGACGACCUAUUUUUCUUCUUUCUCUCGUCUGCAGUCUCGUGGGUAAUGUUGGAUGUGCAAAAAGUCCGACCUACGCAACCAUGGCCCUCUGUAGGGCCAUUACAGCGUUCUUUAUCAGUCCAGCAAUAGCACUAGGCAGUGCUGUUGUUGCCGAAACGUUCUUCAGAAAAGACCGUGCACGAUGCAUGGGGGUGUGGACAUUGAUGGUCACCAUGGGAGUACCUAUUGCUCCAUUUAUUUUCGGGUUUGUUGCAUUGCGCGUCGGCUGUCGAUGGAUCUAUUGGAUUUUGGCCAUGACAAACGCUGUCCAGUUAAUCCUCUACCUCUGUUUUGGAUCCGAAACGCUCUACAUGAGAAACAAUACCCACAUCUCACAAGACCCACCUCACAAAAAUCAAUUCUUCACACUCCAACCCAUCAACCCCACACCAUUAACUAUCCACGACUUCAUCAAACCCUUCACCCUCGCCACUCGCCCAUGCAUCAUGAUCCCCACAGCAGCAUACAGCAUGAUAUUCCUCUUCGGCAGCGUCUUCCCCACCAUCGAGAUCCCCCAAACCUUCCCUCAGAAAUACGGCUUCAACACCCAACAAGUCGGGCUCCAAUUCAUCGCCCUCAUCAUCGGCUCCGUAAUCGGGGAACAAGUCGGAGGCUACGCAUCCGAUCAGUGGAUGUGGUUACGAGAAAGCAAAACCCACAAGCCUCUACCCCCUGAGCACCGCCUCUGGCUAGCGUAUCUCGGCCAUGCAUUGACAUGCUGCGGAGUGGUGGUUUUUCUCGUACGGUUGGGACAUUCCCCUACUUGGAAUGUAACACCAUUGGUAGGUGCGGCGGUUGCAGCUGCGGGGAAUCAGAUUGUCACCACAGUGAAUGUCACGUAUGCGGUGGAUUGCUAUCGUAUGGAUGCGGCUGGUAUUGGGGUGUUUGUGACUUUUGUGAGGCAGUUAUGGGGGUUCAUUGGGCCGUUUUGGUUCCCACAGAUGUUGUCGAGUGUUGGGUAUUAUGGGAGUGUUGGGAUUGCGGUGGGGUUGAUUGUGGGGGUUUCGGUGAUUCCUACCAUUUUAUUGCAGUGGAGGGGACAUACAUGGAGGGAGGUGCUUGACUAG